GACCUAUUAACCACCCGCGCUUACCAUUUUCUUGCCACACCGCAAGAAGCGUCCUCGGGGGGCACGUCCUAGAUCGGUGGCGCCUGCCUCUCGCCGCCGCUGCUGGUGCCUCUCCCCCACCGCCCCGCCCAGAUUUUUUCUUCUUAUUUUCCUCCCGUCCCGUCGGUUCUCGGAGGUUUCUUGCCGUCUCCUCCCCCCGUCGGUUCUUGAGGCAUGCAGAGCCAGAUCGUGUGCCACGGGUGCAGGAGGCUUCUACUCUACCCCAGAGGCGCUCCGAGCGUGUGCUGCGCGGUAUGCCGUGUGGUCAGCAACGUGCCACCUCCAGGAAUGGAGAUGGCUCGACUUAUUUGUGGUGGCUGCCAAACAUUAUUGAUGUAUACUUGCAAUGCAACAACUGUAAGAUGCUCAUGUUGUGACACAGUCAAUCUUGUCAGACCAGUGAGUAGCAUAGCUCAUGUGAACUGUGGCCGGUGCCAAACAGUGUUGAUGUAUCCAUAUGGAGCACCAUCUGUCAAAUGUGCCAUCUGCAACUUCAUUACAAGUGUUGGUGGGCAUCAGGUACCAACUGUGAGACCUUUGCCACCCACGCUGCCUGCAUCAAGUGGAAAUUCAUAUAACAUUCCGUCAACUUCCGCGCCAAUGAGUCAAUCACAGAACGUAACUGUUGUUGUUGAAAAUCCAAUGACAGUAGAUGACAAGGGAAAAUUGGUGAGCAAUGUUGUAGUUGGGGUUACAACUGGUGGAAAAAAGUGACAUAUCAGAACCCAAUGUAACUUUGUUUUAUGCUUAAUACCUGAAAAAGUUGAAAAUACCUUGUAUCAUACUGCUGUUUGGCGAUUGGUUGCUCGACAAAAGGAACCCCUGAAGAGCAUAGGGGCAAAGCUCGCAUUUGCCCCUUUGAUCAUGCCAGAACGAGCGAAAACGAAGUGCGGGUGUGGAUACUCAGAAACUAUAGCUUGUUACCCUUGAUUCUUUUGUAUGUAAUAUGGGCUCUGUUAGACCUCACUGUGUGAUCAAACUCCUAUCCCGUGGGUGCUUGCAGCCUUCUCAGUGAAUAAUGACGACAAAACAAACAUCACAAAUGGCUCUUGAAAUACAGUGUUUUAAUCAAUCUGGAUGUUGGUGAGAAUCAA